AAUUUGAGCCGCGUUAAUGUGAAGAUCCACCAUGAAAACCGGGCUGUCUCUUGUUCGAGUCUGACUGCUUUAAGACGAGUGUGGUCCGGUGCAUCCUGGACCAAUUUCGCAGAUGACAUGUUGUGCUGAAAAUGCUGGGAUUAGACUGAUAUAUCAUGGAUCCUGAGGAGUUAGAGCUGCAGAAUGACUACCGUUACCGUAACUAUGCCGCAGUCAUUGAGAAAGCGCUGCGAAACUUUGAGUCUUCGAGUGAGUGGGCAGAUCUUAUCUCUUCCCUGGGGAAGCUCAAUAAGGCCCUGCAGAGUAACCUCCGCUAUUCACUCCUACCCAAGAGGCUGAUCAUAGGGAAGCGUCUCGCUCAGUGCCUACACCCGGCCCUGCCAAGCGGAGUACAUCUCAAAGCUCUGGAGACCUAUGAGAUCAUCUUCAAAAUCAUUGGAACAAAAUGGCUAGCCAAGGAUCUGUUCAUUUACAGCUCAGGAUUGUUUCCGCUGUUGAGCCACGCAGCCAUGGCAGUGAAGCCUGUUCUGCUGACACUGUAUGAGCGUUACUAUCUCCCACUGCAGAGAGCUUUGCUGCCCAGUCUCCAGGCAUUCGUAACAGGACUCCUACCAGGCCUGGAGGAGGGACUGGAGGUCUAUGACAGGACUGAUGCAUUGCUGGUCAAAUUGUCACUGCUGGUGGGUCAGCAGGUCUUCUAUGGUGCCCUGUGGGGCAGCAUGCUGGUCAGCCCCAUGGUGCGACUGCCCGCCUCGGUCUUUAUAGUCACCCACUUUGACCGCAUGGUGUCCCCGAAUCAGCAAACACACAUGCUAGGCUACGACCACCUCCUAGUGGUGAAGUCAGUGUGUCUUUCUCUGCAAGAUUCAAAUGUUUUGGUGCAGAGGAACAUGCUCGAAAUCCUGCUCUACUUUUUCCCUUUUGCUGCAUGUCUGGAUCCAGCAGAGGCCUGUAUUACUAUGAGUGUCGAAGACGUGAUCACAAUGGCAUCUGCCGCUUCACUCACACUACUUCGCAGAGACAUGUCCCUUAAUAGACGCCUCUACGCCUGGCUCCUGGGCACAAACAUAAAAGGAGAAAUAGUGGCACCACACCCCACCCUCUCCACCACCACAGAGGAACAUACGUUGUUCUACUUCAACACCUACUCUAGAGAUUUCCUUGUACAGGCUCUGAUUAACAUCCUCAAACAGAAGGAUGUGAAAAGUGACCCAGAAAAUGUGAUCGGAUACCUCAGGCCCUUUCGUAUCAUCAUCAGCCUGCUGGAUAAACCAGAGAUAGGUCCAGCUGUCUUGAGCAGUGUGUUGUUGGAGGUGGUUCGAGCCUUCUAUGGUUACUGUCGAGAGAUGCUGGGAGAGGAAACCAUUACUAGCUCAGGGCUCUCAGACAACCAGCUAGUCAGUAAGAUAAAGGAGAAUAAGAAUGCAUCAGAGAUCAUAAAGACUGUGAAUAUGCUUGUGAGCUCCAUGAACAGUGAAUACCUGUGGGAGUACAUGACACGGCGCUUCUGCACUUCUCUCAGUAACAAGGAUGACCCACCAGCACCUCCUCAACAGGACCGCAGUCAUUCUGCUCCAUCUGUACCAGAGAUAUCUAAUCUCAUAAUUUUCCUGCUUGAUGUUCUUCCUCUGGAGCUCCAUGCUGAUAUCCAGUCCCAGCUCCUUCCUGAGAUGCUGGGCACCAUGCUGUGCACCCUGCAUAGCAACAUGAACUCUGUUAGCCUGGAAGAUGUCACACAGGGCCUGCGUGCCUGCUUCAAGGUCCUGAGUAAGAUCCAAAUGCCGGUGGUGUAUAUGGACACUGAGGCAGGUGAACACGCAGAGGAGAUGGCAUUACAGACACCAGAGGAGGGAAGCAAACAAAUUCAGGAUAUCGAGAAGGAGGGACAGAAAGAUGGAGUUGUUUGUCAGAUUAAUGGUGACCAUGUAGAAGAAGAGCUGUACAGAGAUGAACGAGAGUCUGCAAAUGGUACUUAUCCAGCACUCAGGUCUGAAGAUAGUGGACUAGGAAUCAGUGCCUCCCCGUCAGAACAGCAUCUCCCACCUGGGAUGGGGAUGGGGUCAAAGGAAAAUGGACUUUGCAAAGAAGGUGAGGGAGUGUGGAGGAAAGGAGGCAGUGUAGACACCAUGACUCUGUGUCUCCAAAACAUCCUGGCCUUCAUAACCACAAGAUACCUGCUGGUACAGGUGGAGGAUGUCAAGAGACUGGAGGAAGGACCCCAGCCUGACCGAAGUGUUACCUCUGAGGAUCAGAAAUUUUUGUUUCCAAGCAUAGGGGGACAUCAAAUUAAAGACAAACUGACUGAACUGUUCACUCCUAACAAACUGAAAUCCAGCCCUACAUCUGACAGCCAGCUCUCAGCAUCCCCUACAGAGAAGAAACAAGAGCGUGGGCAUUUAAGAUGCCUGGAUUGGGCGGCAGGCUAUAUGCCACGGGGCCGGGCAGAGAUCUCUGAGGCCUGUCGGCAGGCCUUUACUGCCACAUGCCACCUUCUACUAGAGUGCACCACCUUCCCUAUCUACUUAAGUGAAGAGGAGACUCUGGCUCUUCACACAGACAUGUUUGGCCACACAGGCACCGAAGUGGACAGCCUGCCACUAUGGCUGAGGUCCUUGAUGACACUGUGCUGCUUGUCCAGGGACUAUAAUAUCCAACACACAGCAGUGGCCUCCCUGUUGGAACUUAUCAACCAUUCCCAGUCAUUAGCAUUAGUCAUCCAGGACAAGCGCAGACGCUACCAGACAUCUGACUCUAACCCUCUGAGUGGGCGGCUGCAGAUGGUCACUGUGCCGCCCAUCUACCCUGCCCUGCUUCGGGCCAUAGAGGAAGGCACAGAUUUCUAUCAGAGGGUGGCCCAGGCACUGUGGAGCCAACUGGACAUGGAGCGGAGAGAACAGCACAUUUCCUGUGUGGAACUCUUUUACAGGCUUCACUGUCUGGCUCCAUCAGUGUCCAUCUGUGAAGACAUCAUCUGCCAGGCAUUAUUGCACAAAGACAAGGCUGUUAGACUGGAAGCACUGCAUCGCUUCACAGUGCUAUGGCACCUGACUCGGGAGAUCCAGACCAGCAGGACUAUGUCUCUCAAUCGCUCCUUUGACCGGUCUCUGUGUGUUGUGGUGGACAGUCUAAGUUGCACUGAUGGUUCAAUAAGUGCAGCAGCUCAUUGCUGGCUUGUCAGGGCUCUGUCCCUCAGUGAUGUGAUUCGAAUCCUGGAACCUAUUCUGUUGUUGUUGCUUCAUCCCUCCACUCAGUGCUGCUCUAUUCAGAGCAUCAAACAAAAUCUUACUGCUGGUAACCUAAAGGGUCUAAGCAACAGACGUAGAGGUUCCACCAAAAGUACUGGGACAUCUGCGGGUGCCGUGGUAACAGAGAUCACCACCUUAAAUCUCAUUAACAUUGUGGACCGGGAGUCCCUGUGGGCACAGUUAGACAAUAGCCCAGAACUGUCCAGACUACCAGAUGCUUUAGUGAUCUCAAGAAGUGGAAGUGAAGAGACAGAAGAGGAGGAUAAGGCAGAAGAGGAGGAGGAGGCUGAGAGUGAACACACCGAGUCAGCUGACACCAGUGGUGCCCAGGUAUCUACUGAGAACUCCAGCUCUGGCUCUACCCCCUACCCCAGCAUUGAGGAAGGUGGUGUGGUUAAUAGCCUGCGGAGGGCAGAGUCUGAGCACACGCAGGCAUCUGAUUCAUUGUCAAGUGAGGAUGAGGAGGAUUUAGAACUGGAAGCCAUGGCCAAGUCUCGCCUCUUAAAACAGGAGCGUGAGAAGAGAGAGGCCAUUGACUCUCUGUUCAGACAUGUGUUGCUGUAUCCUGUGGCUGGUGGCUGGCGUCAUCUGCUCCAAGGCUUGGGACUGCUGGACAGCCUGCUGAGGAGCAGUGCUGAGUGCCCUCUGGUGGAUGCUCUUUCCUCCACCUCCUUGGACACAAGCUCUGCUGCACAUUUAAACCUGGUCUCUAACCUUUUACAGCGCCACCAACAAGCUCAGGAUGGCAAAAGCUUCUAUGGCUGCCUGCUUUCCCCCUCUUCCUCCCCAUCUGUACCCCCAUCCUUGCUCAUUGAACUGCUGGUGUCUUUGUGCCUGAGAUUUUUGCGCUCUCAUUACCCUUCCUACCUGAGCCUGGGUCCUCACGACCUGCAGGGGAACAGGGACGUUCAGGUGAAGAGUGUAGAGGUGCUGACCCGGAUGGUGAACCAGCUUGGCUGUGUGGCACAGGGACAAGAGGGCAACGGGGCCACUUUGGAUCCAAUCCGCAGACUCCUCUCAGGAUGUAAAGUGCAGCAAUAUGCCCUGCUUACUCUUUCUGCAUCCAUGUAUGUUAGCCAGAGGGGGACAGACAAGGGACCACCCAAAAAUGUGGAACUGCUGGAUGAACAAGGAAGCCUGUCGGAGGAGAGUCUGUUAAAUCUUGGAACAGGAGGGGGACAGGAGCAAUACCCCUUGCAAAUGGAAUUGCUUAAACUACUUCAAGCUCUCAUCACCCUGGAGCACCAUUUGUGGCCCAGUGGGGCUGUCUCAUCAACUGGCACAGGUGGAGCAUCUGUCCAGCCUGGGGAGCCUCGUGAAUCUCCAGCUGCCAGCACCCCCCUUGCUCGUGAGUGGCAGACUGCAGUACUUUUCCAGCAGUCCAUCAAGGCAGCCCAGUAUGUCCAAAGCCACCCAAUAACAGCUCAAGGAAUGUUUGUGUCUGCUGCAGCCAGGGCUCUGCAGCCACAGUACGGCUAUGCCAUGCACCCCCACUGGGUGUCACUGCUGUGCUCCUCUCUUCCAUACUUGGGGCGCUCAUUAAGCAUUAUUGUGGCUCCACUCAUCAGUCAGAUCUGCAGGAACUUGGAUGAACUGGUCAAACUUUACGAGCAUGAUGGUGGAAAGACAAAUCAGAGCCUGAGUGGUAGGAGGGAGAACAUCGCCCCUGACUACCCUCUGACUCUGCUGGAAGGCCUGACCACCAUUACACACUAUUGUCUACUGGACAACAAGAGGUCCCUGGUUUCCUGUGAUCCUGUAGAUGUCCGUAAUGCACGCAGUACUGUAAUUGAUGCACUACCACACAUGCUCAGUAGUAUGGCGUUGUUAUGGGGCGUGAUCAUGAAGGACGAGUUUCAGAGGCGGACAUCUGACUCUGCCCAAAGCAGCAGACACACUUCUACCUCUGUCUAUUUUAAAAGCACCAAGAUCCUACGGCAGCGUGUACUGGAGUUCCUGAUCCCUCUAACUGGGCACUAUGGAGUUCAGCUGAUGGCUUCAGUGGGAGCAGUGUGGAGCUGCAGGAAGACUAAAAAGAGACAUAAAAACAAAGUUUUACCUGUGGUCAGUGAGUCUCGUCUGACCAUUGUGGAUCUGGUGAAAUCACUGAAUACCUUGCAUACAGAUACCAUCCUACAGUUGGUCAAAGAGGUGGUGAAAAAACCACAUCAGAUCAAAGGGGACCAGAAGUCAACCCUGGUAGAUAUCCCCAUAUUGCAGUUCAGCUACGCCUAUAUCCAGGGCAUUUCAGCCCAGGCUCUGCAGGAAAACGUUGCCCCUCUCCUCGCUCUGUUGCGGGAGUCUGUUCAGCUCAAUCUGGCCCCACCUGGACACUUCUUACUGCUGGGAAUCCUGAAUGAUUUUGUCAGUAGGCUCCCCAACGUGGACAACAAGAAGGACACUCGAGAUCUACAGGAGGUGACUCAGCGGAUCCUUGAGGCAGUAGGUGGGAUCGCAGGGUCAUCUCUGGAGCAGACCAGCUGGCUGAGCCGGAACCUUGAGGUCAAAGUUCAACCACAGGUGUGUCCUGAAACGGACGAACCUGAGGAUGUGGAUGGUGACCAUUACGAGUCAAUGGCUCAAACGAGCACCAUGGUUUCCUCCUCCGCUCCCUCCAUCUACAGUGUGCAAGCUCUGGUGCUGCUGGCUGAGAUCCUGGCACCACUUCUGGACAUGGUAUACCGCAGUGACGAGAAGGAGAAAGCUGUUCCUCUCAUUUCCCGGCUUAUGUACUAUGUUUUUCCCUACCUGAAGAACCACAGUGCAUACAACAUGCCUAGCUUUGAAGCGGGAGCUCAGCUGCUGAGCAGUCUGAGUGGGUAUGCCUAUACCAAAAGGGCCUGGAAGAAAGAGGUGUUUGAGCUCUUCAUGGACCCCCUUUUCUUCACCAUGGAUGCCUCCUGUGCGCCCAGCUGGAAAUCCAUUAUUGACCACCUGCUGACUCACGAGAAGACCAUGUUUAAAGACCUCAUGAGCAUGCAGAGUGGCUCCCUGAAACUGUUUGCUAAUGUAGACCAGAAACCCAUGCUGCUGAAGCGCCAGGCAUUUGCCAUGUUCAGUGGAGAACUUGACCAGUAUCAUCUCUAUCUACCCCUCAUUCAAGAGCGUCUCACUGAGGCUUUGCGUAUGAACCCUAGCCCUGCUGUCUCAGCCCAGAUGUUCUUAAUGUUCCGUGUUCUCCUGUUGCGGAUUUCAUCCCAGCACCUCACAUCCCUUUGGCCAAUCAUGGUCACAGAACUGAUUCGCAUAUUUGUACGUCUAGAGAAAGCUUUGCAGGAAGAUAAAGAUGUCUCAAAACUGACUAAAGUGGUUCGAGGAGCCCUUGAGAGAAAUGGACCAGUGAAUUUCUCUCAGGCAGAGCUGGACAUGUACCUGUCAGCCUGCAAGUUUCUGGACACUUCCCUGGCUUUUCCUCCAGAAAGGAUACCAAUCUUUCAGAUGUAUCGCUGGGCAUUUGUCCCUGAGGUGGAUGUGAAC